ACGGGGGCGUUGCUGGGGGGCGGUACCGGGCUCGAGCUCGACCCAGUUUGAAAGUGAACCAACGACUCCAGUCGCUGCUUCAGCCCCCAAACAACAACAAGAAGCCGUGAAUCCAAAAAACCCGAGCACCGAUCCGUCUGCUUCAGCCUGCAGCCGGCCCUCCUGACGAGCCGCCAGUAUGAUGCGUAAAGACGUCAACAAGCCGAAGGGGAAGACGUCGGCGUACGCCUUCUUCGUCCAGACGUGUAGAGAGGAACACCGGAAGAAGCACCCGGAGCAGUCGGUCAACUUCGCAGAGUUCUCCAAGAAAUGCUCCGAGAGAUGGAAGGGUCUGUCUGCCAGUGAUAAGAAGUGUUUCGAGGACAUGGCGAAGGCCGACAAGGUGCGUUACAACAGGGAGAUGAGAGACUACAUCCCACCCAAGGGCUUCGGGAAGAGGGGCCGCAAGAGGAAAGACCCCAACGCCGUAAGUCCGCAGCAAAAGAGCCCGUCUGCGUUCUUCGUGUUCUGCAGCGAGUACCGUCCCAGUGUGAAGCAGCAGUAUCCCGGUCUGUCUAUAGGAGACUGUGCCAAGAAGCUGGGGGAGAUGUGGAGCAAACUGUCCCAGUCCGAGAAGCUGCCGUACGAGGAGAAGGCCCAGAAGCUACGAGAGAAAUACGACCGGGACAUGGUGGCGUACCGCGGCGGCGGCACGUAUGCCAGGAACCCCGGCUCUUCGGCUCAGGGAGGAGAGGAAGAGGAGGAUGAUGAAGGAGAGGAUGAAGACGAGGAUGACGACGACGACGAGUAGAGAGGAGGCGCUGCCGCUGGAUGAGAGAGAGACUGAGUGUGUUAGAGAGAGAGACAGGUAGGUGUGUGUGUUUCAGAGGUCAGACGGCGUUGAAGGUGAGGGUGACAGCUGAUUGGACAGGACGAGGCGGGGGGCGGAGCUUCACAGCAGGUGACAGAGACAAAGUAAAGGACAGACAUGCGAUGUGACAGCUGAGAGAAAACGUGUCUGAGGUCAGGAGUGUCACAGGUGCGUUCAGAAGACCUCACCUGGCUGUGCAGGUGUCGUCCCCCCGGGACAGAUCACCUGUAGUUCAGGUGUAACGUCUGUCCCGUGGACCGCAGAUCAGGCAGGCUUUACGUCCUCGCAGCUGUUUACAGGACGAAACUAACUUCAGCCACACAGGUGAGGUCAGAGGUUAAAGGUCAGAGGCGUGGAGGAAUCGUUAGAACUGGAGGCCGGACCCAAAGAUGGCGUCUGGCGCAUUCGCCACAACAUUUUGUGGCAUUUUUAACGUUUACCUGCAGAACAGGUGUCACGAUGUGUCGGUUUGCAUUACUUUAGUUAAAUACUGACGGGGCCUUUCCCGUGGCGCCGCCAUUGUGACGUCAGCGGCUGCUUCUUCACGAGUCGGAGCGCCGAGUGGCGUUCCUUUGUACGUUUUCUAACAGGAGGUCGGAAAUAUUCGAGUUGUCGAAAGGUCACGACAGGAAACAGGAAGUCACCUGGUCUUCCUGUUUCUCUGGCGUCUCUUUGAUAACGGCGGGGAAAAGGCUUUUUGGGCCGCGGGGGGGUUUUCACUGCGAGCGAGGCUGAGCGGCGGCGCCAGAUCCAGGUCUUAUUAUACGUCCAUGGUCACAGGUCACGAGUCAGAGGUCAGCUGUCACGGGUCAGAGGUCAGCUGUCAGAGGUCAGCUGUCAGGGUCAGUCAGCUGUCAGAGGUCAGCUGUCACAGGUCAGCUGUCAGCUGUCAGAGGUCAGUGGGGUUCGUCCAUGAUUCAGCAGAAACUCGUGUUCAGUCGAUCAAUGAUUGAAGUUUUGUGGAACCUGAAGAGUCGUUUCAGUGAGACGCCAGAACUCGGCGGUUGUUCUUCUCGGUGAAGGUUUGCUGCGGUUCUCAGGUUCCGAUGGCUGCCGAGUCACGUGACCCGACGUAUUGAUUAGCUGAAAGGUAUCGGCAGAUGGAUCGAUGAUGAGAACGGCUGCGGCCCGGCGACGUCAGAGCGCUGACUGAGCCGUGAGCUGCGCGUGUUGAACUGGCUGAUGCAGUUCAGUACUGGUGUGGUCCCGGUUCAAAGGGGGACAGCUGCUGAUCCGGGUUCAGGUCUCCAUUCAGCCUGUUUAGCAGACCGGAACCAGGUCACGUGACCACACGGGAGUUCAUUUAUCCAACGGCAGAGAGAGACAGACAGACGGGCAGACAGACGGGCAGACAGACGGGCAGACAGACAGAGAGACAGACAGACGGGUCGCUCUGAAACACACACACAGUGUGUGUGUGUGUGCGUGUGUGUGUGUGUGUUGGAGGUCAUCAGAUGUUAAACUGUCCGACACCAGAGGACAGUAAAGUAACCCCCCUCACUGUUACCAUGGUUACCCCUGCACCCUCCCCUCCCCUCCCCAGCACCGCCCCUGUGUGUUACCAUGGAAACCCCGCCCCCUCCUCCUGCUCUUCUUCUUCAUGUUGUUUUUUAUUUUCUUACUGGAGGUUUAUUGGACUUUUUUCUGUUUCUUGUUCACUGUCAGAGUAGAAACGUCAACUUUUAUAAUAAAACGCCACCUGAGGGAAAA